AUGUCGUUUAUAAGGUUGAUAACAUGCGUCGCCGGAGUGUACGCAAUGUUCUUGCUAUGGGCGAUAGCCCAGGAACGACUAUCUGUUCCGUUUGAACGCAUCGACGGAACCGGCUCAGAUAAAUUCAAGUCACCCUUGAUCAUGGGCAACUUCCAGAGUGCCCUAAGUUCGUUAUCGGCUCUGGCUUAUAUUCUCCUAAGAAGAAAGAAGAGCGAAACACUGGCGGAGAGCGUUGGGUUGGUACACAAGGAGGCGGUCGUUUCCAAAGCACAGACCAAUGGUUCGGCCAAGCAGAACGGGAGCACUUCUUCGCCUUCACGGACGCACCACAAGAAGGCGAGCCAUGAAGACCCCAAAGUGCGAUACUCUGCUAAAGCGCUUCUGCUUCGAUACUUCCAAUGUUCAGUGUGGAUUACUUGCGCUGCACCGUUCGGAUUCGCCGCCCUCUCCUAUAUUUCCUACCCCGCCAUGGUCCUCGGCAAAUCCUGCAAGCUCGUUCCCGUCAUGAUCAUGAACGUCCUCCUCUACCGUCGCAAAUUCGCUCCCCACAAAUACCUCGUCGUAGGCAUGGUCACUACUGGUAUCACCAUCUUCAUGUACCUCGGCGACCAAAAGAAGGGCAAAGUCUCCGCUGGCAACAGCAACACAACGCCCUACGCAAACCUUAUCGGAAUAACUUAUCUUUUGAUUAACUUGGCCCUAGAUGGAGCGAUCAAUUCGACCCAGGACGAGAUCUUCAGUCGACACAAGGUGACGGGCCAACAGAUGAUGUUGUGGAUCAACGUGUUCUGCACGGCGAUUAGCACUGUUCUUGCGGUGCUCCCGCUUCCCCACAUCCCCGUUAUCCACCCUUCUCCAAGUGGACAGACUGAGCUGGGAGGUUUCUUGGCCUUUGCCCAAACUCAUCCAUCCAUCUGGGUUCCCCUCGCCCAAUUCGCCUUCACAGGCGCCCUCGGACAACUAUUUAUCUUCGAAACCCUGCAACAUUUCGGAUCUUUGACCCUUGUGACCAUCACACUGACACGGAAACUCUUUACGAUGUUGCUAUCGGUCAUUGUAUACAAGCACAAACUGACUGCUGGUCAAUGGUUUGGUGCCGCCGUAGUGUUCGCAGGGAUUUCGGUUGAGGCAUUUGUGAAAAGGAAAGAGGUCCAUGCGAAGCGGGUUAUCCAAGAGAAGGAGAAGGCCAGACUAAAGCAGUUGUAA